ACUCUUUCCUCGUCUUCCCUCACUCACUCCCCUAAAGAAAAUGUCGUCGUUAUCCUAUUGUUCCUCCACCGUGUCCGUAUCCCCCGCAGCCGCCGCAAACUUUAACCCGUUAUUCUCCUCCUUCUCCAAUUUCAGACUCUUCAAUCGCUUUGCACCAAAAUCCUUCAAACUCGUCGCCAGUUUCCCUAAUCCGCUGUCCCUCCAUUCCAAUAUCCGUCGCCACCGUUUCUCCUGCGCCGCCGAUACCGAAGACGAAAUCCCGGCGUCAUCAUCAGAAGAUGAAGACGAAGUAGAAGAAGAAGAAGAAGAUGGGAAACAGACGACGCAAGGGAGUGGUGAGGAAGGGAGGCUGUACGUUGGGAACUUACCAUACACAAUCACUUCUUCUGAGCUCUCUCAACUCUUCGGACAAGCUGGAACUGUCGUAGAUGUUCAGAUUGUGUAUGACAAAGUCACUGACAGAAGCAGAGGGUUUGGAUUCGUAACCAUGGGAACCAUUGAAGAAGCUAAAGAAGCUAUUCAGAUGUUCAACACCUCUCAAAUUGGUGGUAGAACGGUGAAAGUGAACUUCCCGGAGGUGCCAAGAGGCGGAGAGAGAGAAGUAUUGAGAGCCAAGAUCCGUGGUAGCAACCGGAGUUAUGUUGACAGUCCUCACAAGCUCUAUGCUGGAAACCUCGGUUGGAAUUUAACCUCGCAAGGUCUUAAAGAUGCAUUUGCAGAUCAACCUGGUGCGCUUGGUGCUAAAGUCGUGUAUGAAAGAGACAGCGGGAGGUCUCGGGGGUUUGGUUUCGUCUCUUUUGAAUCAGCACAAGAUCUUCAGUCUGCCAUGAGUGCCAUGAAUGGCGUGGAAGUUGAAGGGAGAGAACUGAGGCUAAAUUUGGCGUCAGAGAGAGACACCGUGCCUCGUCCUUCUGUAACAGAAGAAGGCAGUCUUGAGAGCAGUGAGGUGCUUUCAACCAUCAGUACAUGAAGCAGCAAAAACACAACAUCUUGUUGUAUUCAACUGACUACUGAGGCUAAAGAAGAUGAUAAUAUAUGAGAUAAAAGAACGUGUGAUUGACUGUCAUCUUAUGCAAAAAUGUUUCUUCCAUUAAAUGGUGUAAUGUAUAAUCUUUCAAUCUCAGAGAAAUGCAAAAUAUUUUUGUAGUGACU